ACAAUGAACUAAAAACCCAAACAAACGCCAGGCCUUGUGAUGCCAAGUGAUGCCUAUUUUUGGUUAAGUAAAAUCCUCGCGGUCUCGAUCUGAUAAGAUUAUGUCUUCAGUCGUCUGGAAAAAUUUGCAACUAUUCGAUUGUGCUGAGGAGAGAAAUACAGAGGGCAAGAAGAGUGGGAAGGAGCUGAUUAUCAGUGCUGAGCGUCGCGGCGUCAAGAAAAGUAGGAGGAAGGCAAGAGACGAGCAGUUCCAGCAAAAGUCGACAAUCUUAGGCUCAAAAGGCCUGCUUCUUCCUUCCCUGAAGCACUUGGGGCCUAAGUUUGAUGAAGAAAACGAGGACCAGAUCGUCCAAGAAAACUUGAGGCGUUUGCAAAGUUUAAGCCAGAUUUCCACCAUCGAUCUCAAGAGUGCUGUAAAGAUUCUAGAGAGAACAGCCAAGAGAAUUGCUGAGCGAAGUUGUGAGCAGAAGAAAAUAACUUCGACUUUGUUCACAGAAGCAGACUUUGUCAGGUUUGAGAAGAACUACGUCGCAGACGAUUGAUUAUCAUAUUGAGUGAAUCAAAUGCUGGCUACUCGCACUAUUGGCCAACUAAUCCUUGUCGCGUCCAGCAUCCUCUUAGUCUACUACACCCUGUGGAUAGUUGGUCUACCGUUUGCCGGUCCAGACGAUCUCUUCACGCGCCUCUUCCCUAACCCUUGGUACGCGUUGGUCGUGCCCGCCUACUCUGGCCUUGUGUUCAUCAGCAGCCUUACCUUAUUCACCGUCUGCUGUAUCUACCAUAAUACAUUAAACGUCGCUAUUCAAAAUGCCGACUAAGGGCUGGCUAGUGAUAGGCGUGUCUGGAGUGACAUGCGGUGGCAAGAGCCUAAUGUCCCGCAAGCUGCACUCGCUGCUGCCCGGCUCGCGUUACCUUGGCCUUGAUAGGUACUUCCGCGAUCUGACGGACCCUGAGCACCAGCAGGUGCUGGGCCUCGAUCACAUCAACUUUGACAUUCCAAGCGCGCUCAACUGGGAAGCGUGGCGAAGCAGCAUUCAGCACAUCCUGGAUGGCACCGAGGACACCUACACACCCUGCCUGAGCUGUCCAGACGACGAAAAACUGCCAGCAAAAGUUCUGACGGUACAGCCGAGCGUCCAAGUGCCGGAAACCAACAUGAAGGUGCUUAUUUUGGAUGGCUUUUUGGUCCUGAAUGACGAGUGGACGUCGCGGCUGUGCGACCUCAAGUUCUACUUCACGCUGACCAAGGAGCAGUGCCUGCUGAGGCGUGAUCUGAGGAAUUACGACCCGCCUGAUGUGCCUGGCUACUUCGAGGAGUGCGUUUGGCCCGAGCAUGAAAGGAUGAAGGCGCUCUCCAUCCAACUCAACCCAGAUAUGGUCUUGGUCGACGGAUAUAGAGACUGUGUGGAGAACUUGGAUACUAUGCUGACAAUAUUGAAAGCUAAGUGCUGACAUAUUAUCGUCCUUGUUAGUGCCUCGGAAUACUUAUAAUUAUUACUCUUUGCGGUGCAAUAAAUAGUACUAUGCUGGAAAUUUAUUUUCUCAUUAAAUCUAAAACUUGAUUUACAUCAAAGGUUAGAAUUCUAGAGAACGGACAAGACGUGAUAUAUCGUGCUUUUUCAAUCAGCAAUAUUUCAAAAGAGAGUAGGAAAUAAGAUUUUACUCAUAAAAUUAAGGGAUAGGAGCAGAAUAAAUUUUAAAUGUGAACUAAGCGA